AUGGCGGACACAUCCCAGGAAGAAAACACCAUCUAUCUCACUGAGCAAGAGGCGGAGCGCAUCAAGACCACUGUCGAAGAGCGAUUGAAAAGGUGCACCGAGCAAAAUGGCAACGCAAGAACACCGAGAGACAAAACCGCAGCACACCAAGCUGCCACUGGCGCUGCCCUCAUGGCCGACAUGGGCGGUGCACAGGACCCAGAUCUGUUGCAAACCCAAGGGAAGACAGCAAACACGAUCCCAGCCAUCGGAGUCGGACAACCAUAUCCCCCAUGUACGACUCCGUUGUCGCAGCUCGAGCCCAUGAAGAUGGGUGAUCUGAAAAUGGAAACACAUCACCGCGGCCGCAAGCUCGUCAUCAAGCGCGAAAGCCCAGUAGUCACGCUCGUAGCCAGAUCGUGGACCAUGGUGCAAGACGAAGACAGUACCGAUGCAGAGCGAUUAGAAAUGCUGCUGCACAAGACGAGACACGGCGAGGAGAUUCUGGAAUCAAGCAAACUGUUCAUCAUCAAGGAGCCGUACUUUACUCUUACAGACCAGGGCGAGCCUACACUUCGCAUCGAUCACCCCUCGGAUCUCGUGGUUUGCCACGACGACAUCCAGAAUCCCAAGCACUUCGAUGACGCGGAAAAGGCCGAAAAAGCCGCUACUAGAUUCAAGACUCAGGGCAACACUGCGCUCAAGCAGCAGGAUCUCCCGCUAGCCCAUGAGAAAUACACUGCGGGACUGGGAAUCGCACAACAAGACAUUGUAGUAGCAAGCAAUCCCGAUCUCGCACGCGACAUCUUCCGCAACCGCGCCUACGUGAACCUGCUACUGGGUCGGCUCGACGAAGUCAAGGCCGACGCCAAAGCCUCACUUACAGGGCGGGAUGAUCAGAAAUCCAAGGACCUCGACAGCAAAGCCUACUACCGCGCCGGCUGCGCCGCAUACAACCAAGGGCAAUGGCACGAAGCCCAAGCCCUCUUCCAGUCGCAGCAAGCCCUCACGCCCGACGACAAGGACGCAAAGACGCAACUCAAGAAACUCGAAGCGCGCCUCCGAGAACAGGAAUCCGCAGCCUACGACUUCAGCAAACUCCGCGCUACCCUCUCCAAAGCCCGCCCCCGCCUCGACGCCGCUACCUACACCAAAAACACCACCGUUAAAGACAGUCCGGGUAAGGGCCGCGGCCUCUAUACCACACGCGACAUGGCCGCGGGGGAGCUGCUCCUCUGCGAAAAAGCCUUCACCGUCGCGUGGGCCCACGAACCCGACGCCAGCCUAACCGCCAUGACCUACGACACGCGGGACUCUCAGAUCCGGUUGUCGCCCGUCGGUCUGUGCAAAGCCGUAGUCGAGAAAUGCGUCAACGAGCCGUCGAAAACAGAAGCCCUGAUGCAGCUUUUCGGCGACUACACGGGGGAUGGGAACAAUGUCUUUGUAGAUGGCGAGCAUGGCGCUGCCCUCGUCGAUGUCUUCCGCGUCCACGAUAUAGUGGCGCGCAAUGCGUUUAGCGCGGGCACGCCGUUUGGCGCGAAGAGCGCGAGUACAGGACUGUGGACGCACGCUGCGUAUAUCAAUCACUCGUGCGUGCCGAAUGCAGACAAGGAGUUCAUCGGCGACAUGCUGGUUGUGCGCGCCACGCAAGCGAUCCCCGCCGGGCAGGAAAUCCUCUUCGCGUACCACGCUGCGCUGGAUUAUGAUGCGCGCCAGGCGUUUCUGCACAAGACGUGGGGGUUCAAGUGUGCGUGUAAACUGUGUGAGGCCGAGGAGCAGGAUGGCAAGGAAGUUAGGGAUAAGCGGAUGGAACUGGUCGGGGAGGCGGAUGCGUUUUUGGAGAAGACGCCGUGGGCUGGGGCGAAGCGGUUGGCGUUGCGGAAGGCGCAGAAUUUGGUGCGUGGGAUUGAGGGCACGUAUGAGGGAGAGCGGUGGGAGGCGCUGCCGAAGAAUCAUGCGGAGGCGCUGAAGGCGUGGCUGGCGAGAGCUAGUCCUAGGUAA